CGUCGCUCUCCAUUUCUCUAUCCCAUCGCCUAGCGAGAUGCAGAAGCAAUACGGCAGGAUACCUCUGUGGCAAGUCAGCGCCGCCGAGUUGGCCAAGUGGCGACCGGUAUAUGGAGUAAUGGAUGCAAAUGAUGUCCCGGUGCCCGCGGUCGCUGAAGCGGAAAUAACUGGCGACGAGACAGUCACGGAUUUGGCCCCUGUGCCAGUUUGCCCCGACGUGCGCGGCCUCACGUGUGGGACGUGCCGAUUGGAAUUUGUCGAUGUGAAGGCUCAACAAGCUCACUUCAAGAGUGACUUCCAUGUGUACAACCUCAAACGCAAGUCCAAGGGUCUCGAGUGCGUGACGGACGUCGAGUUUGCAGAAUUUCUCGCCACGGCGCAAUCACGACCUCAACGGGCCGUGCGUGUUUCGAACGACGGCGAGGAAUCGGAAGAGUCCGACGAAGAGCCCCCUCAUCCUUUGGACAUUUCGUUGAGCAGCGACGACGAUGACGACAAUGACGACGAAGGAUCAGUCCUUGCUGCCAAGGAACCCCUUCAAGCAUUCACCGAUUCGAAGUUGGUGUACAAGGUGUACAAUGCAGCAUUCUCCACAUGGAACGACAAGAACAAAGGCUCAUGGGCAGCUUCGAUGGACAUGGUAGCGUCCCUCACGUCGUCAUCGUUUCAGUGGGCCGUACUCCUCUUCCGCGCCGGUCGAUUUGCCGGCGCUGUCUUUCGCAAGGACAAGGUUCUCGUGCACAAAGCGUUCCAGCGCUACACCACUCGUCGAAAGCAAGGCGGUUCACAGUCAGCGCACGACUCGUCGUCUGGGAAAGCCAAGUCGGCAGGCGCCCAGUUGCGCCGGUACAACGAGAUGGCGCUGCAACAAGACAUCGUGGACCUGAUGCUGUCGUGGUCGGCUGAAUUGCGAGGCUGCGAUCGCAUUUUUUUGGGAUCGGCCAAGACGUCGCGUGGCCACUUCUUCGACAAAACAGGGCUCGCGGCAGGAGACCCCCGACUCCGUUUGGUGCCGUUUGGCACCCUCCGACCCACGUACGACGAGGUAUGCCGCGUGCGAUCUGUCCUGGGGAGUGUGCACUAUUCCCCGUAUCGGGCGUCCGAUUUUGAAAUUGCCAAACCAGCCACUCCCCCUCCGUCACGACGUUCGAAAAGCAGCAAGGCGCCACCAGCCGAAGACGAGACCAAAUCGGAAGGUUUGAAGGUUUCACCGCCUCCUCCGCAACUCCCAGCACCAUUAAUUAUUCAAGCCGUGGAAAACAGAGACGGCGUCGAUGCCCUGCUGGUCCUGCUUACCGCUGGCAAUGUGGACGAGCCGCACACCGAUGGCUCUGCACGGACCGCACUGCAUGUCGCCUCGCAAAUGAAUCACGUGGAAGCCAUUGAUCUGCUUCUCAAACACGGCGCGAGUCCUUGCGCGCUGGAUGCUCGCCAACGUGUGCCAUACUUGCUGACAACGUCCAAGGAAGGUCGCAACGCAUUUCGCCGAUUUAGGGCUGACGCACCCGACCGAUGGGAUUAUGUCGUGGCCAAAGUCCCAGACGCAUUGACCGACGAGAUGGAGGAAGAGAAGAAGGCCAAGGCGAAGGAAAAGAAGAAGCGAGCGGCCGAGCGCAAGAAAGAGACCAAGGCCAUCGAAGCCGAGGCAAAGCGGGCUGAAGCAGCAGCAGCUGCCGAAGCGGCGGCCCGACGCGCAAAGGAAUCAGCAUGCGCGGCGUGCGGUCAGCCGUCCGGGGCGAAACCUUUCUCGCGACUCACGUAUAUUUACUGCUCGACUGCGUGCGUGAACAACCACAAGCGCCAGCUCAUGGCUGAAGCUGCGAUGAAGCGCUUCGGCAAUUAGGAAUGCUCGGAAGUUCAUUUGUCCGCAGUCUGGCGCCAACGUCGAGGUGACUGUAGUCGUUCACGAGACCAAGAAGAACUGCAGUGCUUUGUGUAUCCGAGCCACCUUCGAGUGGAAUCCUUGCGCGAGGAGUCCUUGGCCGAAUCUGUGCACUGCUACGUGUACAGAGGGGUCCUCUGGCCCAGCUAAAAUGGCGGUGUUUCGACAAAACUCACGUGUGAAGUCACCCUUCACUCCCGCAGGUGUCGCAGUUUGUAGUUUGGGCAAUCAGGAGGGCUACAUAGGGGACCGACCCGACUUCUUCAGUGGAUCGAGCGAUGGAAUGAAGAACGGCGCUGUGGAGAUCGCUGUGCUUGGGCCCCUCGAGAAGGUUAGUUCAGGAUGGAAUCAAAAGGCCAGGAUGGUCCCG